AUGGAUAUCCCCGCAUGUACUUCAGCAACAGCAGGCUCCACAUCCCCACCGCCCGCUUACGAAGACUUUAAUAAGUUUCCCCUUUAUGAGGAAAUAAUUCCAGCUUCACCACCACCUGAUUAUAAUGUCGCCAUAGCGCCACCUGCUGACAGGGAGAGAGUCAAUCUUCAAGAGAGUCCUCAAAAUCCUAAUAGGAGGGCAAACCCAUACCCUGUCCUCAAUGUGCCUCGAGUCGAAAUAGUCGAACACAGAGAACAAAGAUUCAUGCAGCAGAUAGUGCAGCCUGUAGCUCCUCAGGUGGUCGUGGUGCAGCCACAGCAGAUGCUUGUUCUUUUGGAUGACACACCGACAGCGACUGUGUGCAAGUACUGCAAUAAGAGCAUCAUCACUAAUGUGAAAUAUAAAUCUGGUUCUGCUGCAUGGGGCAUGUGCUGUUUAUUAACUGUACUUGGGCUCAUUUGUGGAUUUUGCCUCAUCCCAUUCUGUGUCAGGGGUUUUAAAGAUGCCCAUCACUCCUGUCCUUACUGCCAUAAGCACUUAGGAAUAUACACCCGCAAAUGA